AUGGGCAGAAGACGAGGCGGCGGUGGAGGUUUCUCCCGCAAGGCCCCGACUGCGCGCGGUUCCGGCGCGCCCCCACCCUCGACGCGACGAACAGAAGGCGGCGGUUCCUUGCUCGGCGGCGUGGCGUCGAUGAUUGGCCAAGGGAUGAUGUGGGGAGCCGGAUCGGGCAUCGGCCACCGAGUGACGGAUUCCAUCAUGGGACCGAGAACGAUCGCGUACGAAUCCGCGCAAAACAACGCUGAAGAAGGAGCAUCGUCGUCCAACGGUGCAGUCGUCGACGCGAGAACGAACCCGUGCGCGGGACCGAUGGAGCUUUUCGGGAAAUGUCUCGAACAAAACACGGACAACGUGGCGCAGUGCCAAGCGUUCGCGGAUUUGUUGACAUCGUGUAAAAGAGAUCUUUAG